CUUAGAUCCAAACCACGACCAUCUGCUCAACACUCAAACAUGCCGCGCAUCCUCUUUGUCAGUGGAUUUCAUCCUUCUACUAGGGCACGCGACCUUGCAUUCGAAUUUGAACGAUUCGGUCCUUUGGUCCGCUGUGACGUUCCGGCCCCACGUAACCCUCAUGCCAGUUCAAACCCUUACGCUUUCGUCGAGUUUCGAAGCCAACGCCAUGCCGAAGAUGCCUACUACGAUAUGCAUGGAAGGUACUUUGAGGGAUCUCGCUUGAGCAUUCAGUGGGCAAAGAAUCCCCCUUCUUCUGUUUGGCGGUACGAGAGGCGUUCUUCUCCUCCUCAUCGUUCAGGUCGUGAUCGUGAGCGUUCUCGAAGCCCCCCUCGUCGUCGCUCCGAAAGAGACAACAGGGAUGACCGCGACCGUCAUGACGACCGUGACAGAGACCGCGAACGCGAACGUGACCGUGAUGUCGACAGGGAGAGGGACAGGAGGAGGCGGAGCAGGAGCCCUGAUAGGAGAAGGAGUCCUUCCCCUGACAGAAGGAGGCAUGACCACGCGCGUACUCCUCCAAUGGAAGAUCACAAGAAAGAUGAUGAUCGUGAUUUGCAGCCGCGCACCCCGAAUCCGUACGCGCAGUAAAAAUUAUGCCAGGUUACACAGUGACAUGAGUAAACUCCUCUCUCUGUCUCUUCGUUCAAAAAUAAUCCUUAGACUCUGUUCUUCUACUCGUAGUGACUUUUUUGUGAAUGUUGUAGCCGCGUUUUGUUAGAUGUUAAUGUCACAGUUGCCCUCUGAUUUCUUUUGUCCUUGCCAAGUUAGUUAUCAUAUGAGAAGAUCUAGGCCCACCCAUAUAAAAGCGCUCGUGCACAUG